UUGUAAUUUUUCUUAAUUUGUAAUGUUUUUUUCUUUUAUCUUUGAAUGUUCCAAGCUAAUUGAUUAAUUGGUGUUUUCAAGGAAGAAAGCUGUGCAAUAGAUCAACAAAUAUGGGACCAUCGUUAAACCACAUUGUUAUUUCCUCCGAUGAACCUGAGAAGCCUGCAGAGAAUAUCACUUACAUGGAUGCUUCAUUGUAUAAAGCUGCAGCAAUAGGCAAAAUUGAAGAAUUCAAUAAUUACCAGGGGCCUGAACUUGAGUCGCUGAAGACCCCAAACCAUGACAACGUGCUCCAUGUUAACUUGUCAACCCCUGAGCGUAUCUGGCAACGUACCAGAUUAGAUUUUGUCCUAAAAAUUCUUGUCAAGUGUCCAUCACUGCUACUCCAAACAAAUGCUAAAGGUCAAACUCCAUUGCAUGUUGCAACAAGGUAUGGAGAUUCUACUAUUGUACGACUUCUAAUCCUGUUUUGUGCAAGAGUUAUUGAUAAAGAUUUAGAGAAGCUGGGAAUGGAUCAACUGUAUGCUGUGAGGGAGAUGAUCAGACAUACAGAUCAAGAAUCCAAUACGGCUUUACAUAUAGCAACACGGUAUGGCCAUGUUGAAGUGGUGCAAGCAUUGCUGGAGCAUGAAGACCCUGAUUUUGCAUAUUUUGCCAAUAUAAACCACGAAACUCCACUUUACUUAGCAGCUAGGAGAGGAAGUCGGCGCUUGCUGAGCAUAUUAUUAGAUAAAUCAAAAUCAACUGCUCACGGUGGCCCCCACGGUAGAACAGCUUUGCAUGCAACAGCUAUGGUUAGAGAUCCAAGGGUUACAAGGAUAAUACUAGAGAAGAAAGGGAAUUUGACAAAGGAAACAGAUGAAAAUGGACACACCCCUCUUCACUAUGCUGCACACUUGGGUCACGAUGCAGUUGUGGAAGAGCUGUUAAAAUGGGAUAUAUCUGUUGCUUAUAUAGGUGAUAAAAAGUGGGGGAUGACAUCCCUUCUUAUGGCAGCCAGGCAAGGUUUUUUUGGAACAGUAAGAAAGAUUCUGUCUUAUUGUCCAGAUUGUUGUGAAAGAGUGGACAAAAGAGGUUGGAAUUUACUUCAUUUUGUGGCGUUUAGAGACCUUCCUAAUGGAUUACGCUUUUUAUUAAAGGAUGAUGAUGCUACCACUGAAUAUGGAUCAGUCAGAAAUCUAAGGGACUGGAAAGAUGCUAGUGGAAUCACACCUCAACAAGUUUUCUAUGCAUGUCAAUAUGAUAAGGAAGAGAAAAAGGAGCAAAUUGUGAAAUUGUUAAAAGAAAUUGUGAAUGAAGAAGUCGCGGAGAAACCAGUUUGUCCCAUUGGCUUGCCAAACAUAUCUGCAGAUAUAAACUUGGAGAAAACAAGAGAUGCUCAUUUAGUAGUGGCAGCACUUAUAGUCACCGUCACAUUCGCAGCGGCAAUAACAGUUCCAGGUGGUUUCAAGAGUGAAGAAGGUUCAGACCAGGGCACUCCUUAUCUGAUUCAUGAGGUAGCUUUUAGAACAUUUGUUGUAACAAAUGCAUUGGCCUUUAGUCUCUCUCUUUCUACCCUCUUCAUCCACUUUGGGAUGCUGCUUCCUCUUUUUCCAAAAUCGCUUGGUUCAAUUACGUCUAAAAUGUUCAUCGCUGAUGUGAUCCUCGGCCCUGCACUCGUUGCCAUGGGGAUUGCUUUUAGCACAGCUACUUAUGUAGCCUUAAAACCUUCGCUUGGACUUGCCACUACUGCAGUUUGCAUCAGCCCUGCCAUUAUUUUCUAUUUUUUAUUUUGCUCGAAAUUUAUGCCUGUAUACAUAAUUAAUCGAACAAAUAUAUCCACAAAAAUGGAACCUCGGGAGCCUGAACAGAACAUCACUCACAUAGAGGCUUCGCUAUAUAAUGCAGCAGCAGAAGGCAACAUUGAAGUAUUCAAUAAUAAACAGGGGCUUCAACUUGAGUCGCUAAAGACCCCAAACCAAGACAACGUGCUCCAUGUUAACUUGGCAACCGAGGAGACUGUCAAAUUCUCAAUAAUCAAAAUCAUCUCCCUAGGAUUUGUACCAUCCUAUCCGUUUUUGGAUUUAUUCGUUACUAUGAUAAAAAGAGAAAAAAAAUCAGAUUUUAUCGAACAAAUUCUCAGCAAGUGUCCGUCACUGCUAUUCCAAACGAAUGCUAAAGGUCAAACUCCUUUGCACGUUGCAGCAAGGUAUGGACAUUCUGCUAUUGUGAAACUUCUAAUCAAGUCUUGCGCAAAAGCUAGAGAUGGAGAUUUAGAGCUGGGAAUGGAUCAAGUAAGUGCAGUGAGGGAGAUGCUGAGGAUUACGGAUCAGGAAUCCAACACGGCUUUGCAUGAAGCAGCAGGGUGUGGCAAUGUUGAAGCGGUGAAAGCAUUGUUGGAGUUUGAAGACCCUGAUUUUCCGUAUUCUGCCAAUAAAAAACAGGAGACUUCACUUUAUAUUGCAGCUAAGAGAGGAGACGGCGGCGUGCUGAGUGUAAUAUUAGAUAAAUCAAAAUCAACAGCUCAUGGCGGCCCCCACGGUAGAACAGCUUUGCAUGCAGCAGCUAUGGCUGGAGAUGCAGAGGCAAUAAGGGUAAUAUUAAAGAAGAAGGGGAAUUUGACAAAGGAAAGAGAUGAAGAUGGACGCACCCCUCUUCAUUAUGCUGCACACUUAGGUCAUAGAUUAUCAGUUGUGGAAGAACUGUUAAAAAGGGAUGUAUCAGCUGCCUAUAUAGGUGAUAAAAAGAGGGGGAUGACACCCCUUCUUAUGGCAGCCAGGCAAGGUUAUCUUGGAACAGUUUCAAAUAUUCUCUCUUUAUGUCCAGAUUGUUGUGAAAAAGUGGACAACAAAGGUUUGAAUUUACUUCAUUAUCUGGCUUUUGGAGGCUAUUUCUAUCCAGUAGAGCUUUCUCUUUUCAAGCGUGGUGGUAUUGAUGUUGUAUAUGGAUCACUCAGAAAUCUAAUGAAGUUGGAAGAUGCUUUUGGAAUGACACCUCAAGAAGUUUAUAAUGUGGUUCAAUAUGAGAAACAUAAUCAUAAACAGGAGCAAAUCAAUGAAUUGUUGGAAGAAAUUGAGAAUGAUCAAGUGGCGAACAAACCAGUUCGCCCCAUUUGCUCGCCAACUAUCUCUGCAGAAAGCUUGGAGAAAAAAAGAGAGGGUCAUUUAGUAGUGGCAGGACUUAUAGCCACGGUCACAUUCGCGGCAGCGAUAACCGUCCCAGGUGGUUUCAAGAGUGAAAAAGGAUUCGAAGAGGGUACUCCUUUUUUGAUUCAUAAGGCAGCCUUUAUAACAUUUGUCAUAUCGAAUUCAUUGGCCUUUAUUCUCUCUCUUUCCACCCUCUCCGUUCACCUUAGGACGACGUAUUUUUUUUCCUCAAACUCAAAUCAGCGACGCAAAAUAGUUUCUACACGGUUGACUGCUAUUAAUCUCCUUAAUCGUGCAUUGAUUGCGAUGGUAAUUGCUUUCAGCACAGGCAGUUAUGUUGUGUUAAAACCUUCUCACGGACUUGCCAUAGCUUCAUGUUUAGUCGGCCCUGCCUUUGUUUUGACUUCUUUAUUUACCCGCAAAUGGAUAUUAUUUCUUCUGUGGAUCUCGGAUUACUUUGUGAAUAUGUUUAUACCAGUUACAUUGGUUUAAACUUGGUUUUUAGACUGAAAUUGCUUUUGUU